AAAGCAUCCAUCUCAAAAACACCCUCACAAGUCAAAUAUAAUUCUCAUUUUCAAAACUUGCAUAAAAAAAAAACCUCAAAAAAUUUCUCUCACACUUCUCUAUCAUAAAUCACAUCUCCCCUCCAAACCAUAUUUUAUUUUAACCCAAUGCCACCCCCUCCCUCCCCUCUCACUAUUUCUCCUCCCAUUUCCCCUCUUCCAUGAACCUUCUCCCUCGAAGCCUCUUUUUUUCCAUGGAGAUUUCAUCAUUCUAUCUCAUUCUCAACAAUACCUCAACAUUCCUCUCUGUCUCUUCAUUAAUUCCAUGAUUCCCCCUUCCUUCCCUCAUUGAUUCCCAAAAUAAAAAAGAAAAAAGAAGAAAAGCAAAAACACUUUAUUAUUCAUUUCCAUAUUCCCACCAAUAAUGAGGCCUCUCCAAACCCCUUCUUCCCCUGCCGACGCCGGGAAAUCCAGCCGCCGCCGCCGCUCCGACCUCACUCUCCCCCUCCCCCACCGCGACCCCUCCCUCGCCGUCCCCCUCCCCCUCCCCCCUCCAUCCGCCUCCUGCCAGCUCAACUACUCCGACCUCGACCGCCUCAGCCGCAUCGGCAGCGGCGCCGGCGGGACCGUCUACAAAGUCCUCCACCGCCCCACCGGCGGCGUCUACGCCCUCAAAGUCAUCUACGGCAACCACGAGGACGCCGUCCGCAACCAGAUGCGCCGCGAAAUCCUGAUCCUCCGCGACGUGGACCAUCCCAACGUCGUCAAAUGCCACAACCUCUUCGACCACAGCGGCGAGAUUCAAGUCCUCCUCGAAUUCAUGGACAAGGGCUCCCUCGAAUCCACCCACAUCCCCCACGAGCAGCCCCUCUCCGACCUCGCCCGCCAGGUCCUCGCCGGAUUGGCCUACCUCCACCGCCGCAAAAUCGUCCAUCGCGAUAUCAAGCCCUCCAAUCUCCUAAUCAAUUCGCGCCGCCUCGUCAAAAUCGCCGAUUUUGGGGUUUCUCGCAUCCUCGCGCAGACGAUGGAUCCCUGCAAUUCCUCCGUCGGCACGAUCGCCUACAUGAGCCCCGAGCGGAUCAACACCGAUUUGAACCACGGCCAGUACGACGGAUACGCCGGCGACAUCUGGAGCUUGGGCGUCAGCGUUCUCGAAUUCUAUUUGGGGAAAUUCCCCUUCGCCGUUGGGAGGCAGGGGGAUUGGGCGAGCCUCAUGUGCGCGAUCUGUCUGUCGCAGCCGCCUGAGGCGCCGCUCUCCGCCAGCCGCGAAUUUAGGGAUUUCAUCUCCUGCUGCCUUCAGAGGGAUCCGGCGAAGAGGCUCUCGGCGGCGCAGCUGCUCAAGCAUCCGUUCAUCGUGCAGCACUCCUCUCCCGGGGGCGGCGGCGCGGUUCAUCACCAGGCAGCGGCGCACCAGCUCCUGCCGCCGCCGCCGCGCCAGCAUUAUUCCUCGGCUUGAUUGAAGGUUUUUUUUUUGUUCUUGAAAAAAGAGUAAAAAUUUUAUGGUGUUGAGCUUCCUUUAGUCUAAAAAUGGUAGUCUUGUGGAAUUAAAAUCAUGUUUUUUAGAAGGGAGACUGAUGAUUCAUGUACAACAAGGCAGAAGAUUAAUGAAUUCAAUCAUCAAAAACCACUUCCACCAUUUUUUGUGUAUUUUAUUUAGCUGAAAUGAAGCUAAUUUAGUUGUUUUGGGGGAUUA